CAACUAGUGCUAGCUUAACUGUUUGUCCGACUUUACACGUUUCAAGCGGAGUUCAGGUCUUGAACAUUUGGCCAACUUCUUUACCUCUUCACUUCUUCGUUCACAUAUUUGAACUGAGAUACCUUUUCCCCCCGUCUGCCUUGGAGAAGUAACAACUCAUGGAAUAUCUAAACGUUGUGGCACGUUUACAUUUUUGACACUUUCUGGGCUUAUUAACAAGCCUUUCCCCCCCUCAGUUGAAGCGCUCCCAGGACAGGAGAGUUUUCUGGUUUGUAACUUUAUUUUUUUUUUUUUUGUUCCUCGUCGGAUUUUUGGAGGGCACAUGCGAUGUCACGGACUAUUAAAAGAAGAAAGAAAUGUUUGUGUUUAGUUUUGUGUUUUCCGUACUAAGGUGUUUGAUGAGUUUAUUUGUUUAAACCAGUUGAACAACUGGCGACAGGACUCUAUAAUCAAUGUGGUGUCAGCUGGAAGGACGCGGGGUCCGGAUCUCACCUAAACGCUGAUACGUCUUGGGAGUGAUGCACUGGCUUCCCCUGGUUGCCAUGGUGAUUGCCUCGGCCCUGCCCUUCCCUCACAACCCCGUGUCCAGGAUUGCUGCCGCGACGACAGAGCCGGGCUUUGACGACCGCAGAGAGCACCCGGCUGCUCGCCUCGCAGCUCCCCCUGUGGACUACAGCUUCCACGGAAAUGCCUCACAAACGGAUUACAACAUGGCGGCUGCUCUUAGCCAACACAGCAACCGACAACCCCUCCAGUACCAUAGGGAUUAUGUGAAAUCCUCCGCAGAUGAAGAGACUCCCACGUUCAAAGUGGAGAAUCAAGGAACCUACCAAUCAAAUAGCAACUCAGGCAGCGAUGACAAAAGCAGCGUCAGUGUGGAUGCUCCCACGGAAGGAGGAAUGCUCAGGACCGAGGAUAUUUCCCAGGAUAAUUCUCUACCAAAGGACUACAAAGCUGACAGCAGCAGCGGGCGAGAUUACUCCAGUUUUGUGGACUUUUCCAAGAAGGACAAUAAUCAGGACUCCACAGAAAGACUGUUGCAGGUUCCUACAGCGGAAACCCUUAUUGCCGUCAGUCCUGCUGCUAAUCUAAGGGGUCAUAGAGGACCAGAACCAACUGUUCCCCCGGAGAAGCUGAGAGAUGCGCCUACAGUCGGGACAGGAAGCACGUGGACACCGGGGGCUGUGAGAGGUCUAGCUCAGGAGAGCUUGGACCUGGAGACCGGGCUGGACACUAUCUUAGAAGGAGACGAGAUGUUUCUGGACGCGCAUCCGCGAGUCCUGUUCUCUCCCUCGCCGUCGCCUCCAGAACACCCGCCUCUCCUGCUCAUGUUGGAGAGCGGCCUGCUGGAGGAGGACAGGGACAGGGAGGAUCAGGACGACAUGGACGGACACAUCGAGGGUCACGGGGACCGGGCCAUCGACAGGAGCACCACUCUGAGCUGGGCUGAGGUCGCCCAUCCUGUUAAAAGGGAUAAACGCUCGCACUUGAUCGAUAGAAGGAGAGGGGAGAAGUCGGUGUGCGAGGCGGAAAGUGUUUGGGUUACCGACAAGAAGACCGCCAUCGACUCCCACGGUCAGAAGGUCACCAUCUUGCAGGAGAUCCAGACCCAGACGGGACCGCUCAAACAGUACUUCUAUGAGACUCGCUGUCGCGAGGCCGAGCAGCUCAGCACCGCCGGCAGGCCGAGGGCCGGCGCGCCUCCGAAAUCUGUCGGGACAGGUGUAGCCGGUGCCGGCUGCUUUGGCGUGGAUACAAAACAGUGGUUGAGCGAAUGCAAAGCCAAGCAGUCGUACGUCCGAGCGCUCACCAAAGACGUUAACAACAGAACCGGAUGGAGGUGGAUCCGCAUCGACUCGUCCUGCGUGUGCGUGCUGCUGUCCAGAGUCAACCAGGCGCUGGGGAGGGAGGUCUUGACAAGGAAGGGGAGAGGCUGAGAGAGAGAGAGAGACAGAGAGAGACAGAGAGAGACAGAGAGAGAGAGAGAGAGAGAGAGAGGAGGGGGGGAGAUAGAGAGAAGAGAGAUGGCAAGAAGUAGAAAGUGACACAGUGCAGAGCAGCUGUGACAUCCUUCUGUGUGCACUUCCUUAAACAUGAUGGAUUUGGUUAUUUCUCUCUCUUCCAUUCCUCCCUCUCUUCCUCCCUCCCUCCACCACAAUUUCAAAUGACUUUUGAAAAAAACAAGAAGACCUCAAUACUAGAUCUUAGGGAAAAUUGUCAUAUAUAUAGAUAUUUUACUUUGAAAAGUACUGUUCUGUUUUUGUAUGGUUUAUCUUUCAUAAUCUAAGUUAUUUUUGAUUAGUAUGUAAGCAUGUGUAUGUCUUUGAUAUUAAUAUAUUCCUUUAUAUAUGUGUACAAUAUGACACCAGUAUACCUUUCUUGUAUGAAGCUAUGUAUAUCUGUGUGUAUUUAUAGAAGACGUUUUCAUGGAGUGGUAGGUCUCUCCAGUGUCUGAUGAUAAUUCCAGCCUCUGGGCCGCUCGGGUUGUAAGAGGAAGGAGCGCCACCUACUGAGGCUCCGUUUUACUGCUCCACACUGUUCCCAUAUGGAUCAUUACCAUGAAUGUGACAGUGCUUUUAGUGUUGGAUACCAAAACUACAACAUGGGCACACUUUAGCAUGGUUUCACUCAGGCUGAUGAUGUGACAGGAAACAUCACCGAGUGUGGAACUUGUUCAGUGUGGUUCAUGAAUGUGAAUUAUAUGACACCUAAACAAGCUAAUGUUACCAUCUCCUGGUUUGUUCAGUUGGCCUGCCAAAAUGUGGUAAUAAAGGAUCUUUGUACUCAGC